CAAGACUUGGGGGCUCUUUGCCAGGUCGCAGCUGCCCCGCGAUGACGAUUGCCCCACGUUGAGUCAGGCCGGCCAAAUUCCAGCGCUGAGCACCGGGGCAUUUCUCGAUCUGCAACUCGCAAUUCUCUUGGCUUGAGCGGCCUGGAUCUGCCCCUCUUCGUUGAAGGUCGCCGUUGCUGUUGCGCAGCCAAAAUGAAGCAGCGGUUCUCGUCCCUCGACGUCAAGGUCAUUGCGCACGAGCUCAAUCAGAGCUUGGUGUCGCUGCGGCUGGCCAACAUAUAUGAUCUCUCGUCCAAGAUCUUGCUGCUCAAGUUCGCCAAGCCGGACAACAAGAAGCAGCUCGUCAUCGACACCGGCUUCCGAUGCCACCUGACCGAGUUCGCCCGGACCACAGCCGCCGCGCCGUCCGCCUUUGUUGCCCGGCUCAGAAAGGUCCUCAAGACGAGGAGGUUGACUUCUGUGGCGCAAGUCGGGACAGACAGGAUCCUCGAGUUCCAGUUUAGCGACGGCCAGUACCGUCUGUUCCUGGAGUUCUUUGCUAGCGGCAACAUUAUUCUUACCGACGCCGACCUUCAAAUCCUCACGAUCGCGCGAAAUGUAUCAGAGGGCGACGGCCAGGAACCCCAACGGGUUGGACUGCAGUACAACUUGGACAACCGACAAAACUACCAUGGCAUCCCGCCAAUGACCAAGGCCAGGGUUCAAGAAGCCUUGGAGUCGGCGGUCCAAAAAGCCAGCGCAGACGCAUCCUCUAGCAAGAAACUUAAGGGGAAACCCGGUGGCGAUCUGAGAAAGAGCCUCGCUGUGUCGAUCACCGAGCUCCCGCCUGUCCUCGUCGACCACACGCUUCAAUCCAACGAUUUUGAUACAGCGGUCAAGCCCGUAGAAGUGCUCGCAAACGAGACUCUUCUGGACGAACUCGUUCGCCUGUUGAGCGAGGCACGCAAGACUGUCGAAGACAUUACCUCUGCUCCCGUCUGCACUGGCUUCAUAUUUGCCAAACAGAGAGAGGAUGCAUCCGGGGGCACCACUGGCGGCACCGGCGGUGAGCCGACAAGGGAAAGUCUCCUUUACGAGGAUUUCCAUCCAUUCGUCCCACAGAAACUUCGAAACGACCCUUCGAUCAAGAUACUGGAAUACACGGGCUACAACCAGACGGUCGAUGAGUUCUUCUCAUCUCUUGAGGGCCAGAAAUUGGAAAGUCGCUUGACUGAGAGAGAGGCGACGGCCAAGAGAAAGCUAGAAGCGGCUAGACGAGACCAAGAAAAGCGACUCGAGGGCCUGCAGGAAGUACAAACCAUGAACUUUCGCAAAGCUGCCGCCAUCGAAGCAAACGUGGAGCGCGUGCAGGAGGCUAUGGAUGCUGUGAAUGGUCUCCUAGCCCAGGGCAUGGAUUGGGUCGAUAUCGGCAAGCUGGUUGAGCGCGAGAAGAAGAAGCACAAUCCUGUGGCGGAAAUCAUCAUGCUGCCCUUGAAACUCGCGGAGAACACCAUCACGCUCAAGAUAUCCGAGGAAGAGUUCGAAGAAGAGGAGGAGGAAGACCCGUUUGAAACUGAUGACAGCGACUCAGAAGAUGGCGAUGAUGACCAAGCUUCGGUAAAGCCCAAACCCAACGACAAAAGCUUGUCCGUUGACAUUAAUCUCACCAUAAGUCCCUGGGGAAAUGCACGAGACUAUCAUGAGCAGCGCCGGUCUGCCGCCUCAAAGGAGGAGAAGACCCAGCUUCAGGCUGCUCGGGCGUUGAAAAACACGGAACAGAAGAUCAACGAAGAUCUGAAGAAGGGCCUGAAGCAGGAAAAGGCCCUGCUGCAACCCAUCCGGAAACAGAUGUGGUUCGAAAAGUUCAUCUGGUUCGUCUCGUCCGACGGCUAUCUGGUCAUUGGGGGCAAGGACGCAUCGCAAAACGAGAUGCUCUACAGGCGACAUCUGCGCAAGGGUGAUUUGUAUUGUCAUGCAGAUCUGAGGGGUGCGCCGAGCGUCAUCAUCAAGAACAACCCAAGCACGCCGGACGCCCCCAUCCCCCCAGCGACCUUGUCGCAAGCAGGAUCGCUAUCUGUCUGUGGCUCCGACGCCUGGGACUCAAAGGCGGGAAUGGGAGCAUGGUGGGUCAACGCAGAUCAAGUGUCCAAGUCUGCUCCCACCGGAGAGUUCCUACCAAGUGGGAGCUUCAUGGUCAGAGGCAAGAAGAACUUCUUGGCCCCCGCGCAGCUUGUGCUGGGCCUGGGUAUCAUGUUCAAGAUCAGUGAGGAGAGCAAAGCGAGGCACGUCAAGCACCGGCUGUACGAUGGCGAUUCUGCCAUUGGCAGUACCGUCGGCGACUCUGACUCCCGCGCAGGCAUGCAGGAGUCAGUUGAGGGGGACGACGGGUCUGAGGGCGGUGAUAAUGAAGAUACCGCUGCCGGGGCUGGUGAUGAGGACGCGUCCGACAACGAGUCCGUGAAUGAUGGCGCUACCGGAGGUGGGCGAGACAACCCCCUGCAGGCCUUCGACGGCCGACGGCGCGAUGAACUGGAUGAGGUGGAGGAUCGGGUUGCAGAGCUCGAAGUGGGCGACGAGGGCGGGCAGCACGAUGAAGGCGCAGAGGGAGAAGAAUCCAGCGAAGAUGCAAGGGACGUCCCGGACGAGUCAGAGCGGGCGACGGAGGUUUCUGAGGCGCCAACGGUGACAGCUACUGCUCGGUCCUCGCAGGCGACCGGCUCGGCUACCACCAAGCAAGCCCCUCCAAAGCGCGGCCAGAGAGGCAAGGCAAAGAAGAUUGCCAACAAGUACAAGGAUCAAGAUGAGGAGGAUCGUCGAGUUGCCGAGGCUCUUAUUGGUGCCACCACUGGACAGAAGCGCGCCGACGAGGAAGCGAGAGCCAAGGCCGAGCGCGAGGCCGAGCUGGAGGCCGCCCGAGAGCGUCGGCGGGCACAGCAUCAACGCAAGCAAAGGGAAACGGCCGAGCACGAGGAGAUACGCCGAGUCAUGAUGGACGAAGGCGUCGACGUGCUGGAGCCGGAGGAAGCCGAGAAGGCAACGUCACUAGAUGACCUCGUCGGGACUCCACUGGCGGGCGACGAGAUCCUCGAAGCGAUACCCGUGUGCGCCCCGUGGCCCGCCCUCGGCAAAUGCAAGUACAAAGUCAAGAUGCAACCGGGCGCAACGAAGAAGGGCAAGGCCGUGAAGGAGGUGCUUGAGAAGUGGAAGACGGCCUCGGGCAAGAAGGGUGUGGUCGACGAGUCGUCGAGGGACUCGGAGAGGAUGUGGCCCCGCGAGGUGGAGCUUCUCAAGGCACUGAAGCCAGAGGAGGUGAUUAACUGCGUGCCCGUGGGCAAGGUGAGGGUCAUGGUGUCUGGUGGGAGUAGCGGAGGCGGAGGCGCCAAGGGCAAGGGCGGGGGUGGGAAGGGCCAGGGCAAAGGGGGUCGCGGCGGAAAGGGGUCGAAGAAGUGA